AAGUCGGAACAAUAACAAAGUGUGAAAUUGAAUGAUAGAUAACAAACGAAAUCUCCGAAAACAUUUCUUUGUUUAUAACAGCGCAAAGCAACAACAACAAACAGACAAACUGUCAAGAUCGCGCCACAUUCAGAUGCGGAAAACAACCGCUAUUGCAAGCAAUUGCAAUUACAGUUACAGUUGCAGAUGUAAAGGUCAAUUAAGUUUUGGAGCUGGUGGUGUUUAAUGUGUAACAGCAAAUGCAUAUAAAAUACAUAUUUAAGUAUCAAUUGUUGUUAAUAUUGUGGAGGUGAUUCAUUUGUUUGUGACAACAGUAAACCUUAAUACUAUAAUUACCAUUAUCUGACCGAACAGUCAAUUGAGCCUCGGUAUAAAUUGAGGAACAGUCAUUCGCGCAAUAAUAAUAAUAAUGAAGCCACACUAUAUUAUUAUCAUAUUCUUCGGCCUGCUGCUCUUCAUAACAUUAUUGAGUGAAAGCAGCUGCUUUUGGCCAUUUAGUAAAAAAGGCAGUGUGCCUGCACCUCCUUCCCCGCCACCGAAAGAACCACAGCUAUCGCCUGUUAUAUUUGUACCAGGUGAUGGCGGUUCUCAGCUUGAGGCACGCUUAAGCAAAUCGGACGCACCAUAUUUUAUAUGCAAGAAAGAAAAUGACUGGUAUAACCUAUGGCUAGAUCUGGAACAGUUAGUGAUACCAAUGGUCUACUGUUGGAUAGACAAUGUGAAGCUUUACUAUGAUAAGGUAACACGUACAACGCACAAUACUCCCGGCGUGGACACACGUAUACCCGGCUGGGGUACUCCCGAGGUUGUGGAGUGGAUAGAUCCCACUCGAAAUAAGGCUGGAGCAUAUUUUAAGGACAUUGCCAAUGUAUUGGUGGAGUUGGGAUACGAACGACGUCAUAAUAUUUUGGGAGCACCUUACGAUUUUCGACGGGCGCCAAAUGAGAACAAACAAUUCUUUAUCGAUCUGAAGCAGCUUGUGGAGGAUGCAUAUGAGGCGAAUAAUCAAACGGCCGUGACAUUUAUAACGCAUAGCAUGGGAAGCCCCAUGACACUGGUUUUCCUACAGGAGCAAACACUGGAGUGGAAAUCCCAAUAUGUGCGCCGUCAAAUUAGCCUGGCUGGCGCCUGGGCAGGCAGCAUUAAAGCGGUCAAAGUGUUUGCCAUGGGUGACGACUUGGAUUCGUUUGCAUUAAGCGCUAAAAUAUUGCGAGCUGAACAAAUAUCGCAUCCGUCGACCGCUUGGUUGCUGCCAUCACCGCUUUUCUGGAAACCCUCCGAUGUGCUAGCGGAGACUCCAUCCCGCAAUUACACCAUGGCACAGUUGGAGCAAUUCUUCAAUGACAUUGAUUACCGAACCGGCUGGGAAAUGCGAAAGGACACCAUGCGCUACACCUUUAACUUUAGUCCUCCAAAUGUCGAGUUGCACUGCCUUUACGGAGAUGGUGUCAGCACAGUGGAGAGAUUGCAGUAUAAAAAGGACAGCAUUGCGGGGGAAACCCCGAAACUUGUUAUGGGAAUUGGCGAUGGCACUGUUAAUCAACGAUCGUUGCGCGCUUGUCAACACUGGGCAGGAUACACAAGCUUUCCAAUAUCGACUUUGGCGCUACAAGGGGUCGAUCACAUGGGCAUUCUGGUCCAUCAAGAUGUUCUUCAAUAUGUGCGCACUGUGAUGCAGCAACCAUAAACUACUUCCGCAACUAAAUUGUUUGCAAUU